UUAAAGAACAUGCACAAAAUAAUAAUUGGAUAUUGAUAGAAGGUAUAAUUUACGAUGUAACCAAUUUUAUUGAAGAGCAUCCAGGUGGCAGAUCAUUAAUCACCACUUCAAUAGGCAAGGAUAUGACAACCGCAUUUAAUGGUGGUGUUUAUGAUCAUUCUAAUGCUGCUAGAAAUUUAACAUCUAAUUUCCGUGUUGGUGUAAUUGCCGGUGGUGGUGAAGUCGAAAGUCGUAAAUUGAAAUGA